CUCACCUAUACUUACCUCUCUACCUCCGCAACCAACAUCCAAUCAACCAACAACCACCAUUUCUUCUUUGGCGUCUCAUUGUGUUUCCGUGUUCUGGUUGCUCGUCCUCGUCGUCGUUGGAAUGCUUCCCACCGCCGCUCCCUCGCGUCAACACACCACGCGCCCCAUCGUGACGGGGACGUCCGUCCUCGGCAUUGUCUACGAUGGCGGCGUCCUCCUGGCAGCCGACACGCUCCUCAGUUACGGCAGUAUGGCCAAGGAUCAAAACGCGCGUCGCCUGCACGUCAUUCCCGGUACGUUUACAAUGAUUGGCGCGUCCGGCGAGUACUCGGACUUUCAGAAAGUCUGUCAGAUCCUCGAAGAAAAGGCGCUCGAAGAAACCCACACGUCCCUCAUGGACAGCCUCUACGCGGAUACCUCGCAGUCCAUCACCGCCGCAUCCACCUGGAACUAUCUGCGUAUGGUCAUGUACGCGCGACGCAACAAAAUGAACCCCUUCUGGAACGAUAUUCUCGUCGCCGGAACCGAUCGGCAAGGCAAACCCUUCUUGGGGAUGGUGGAUAAGAUCGGAACCACCGUACAGGACAACUUCCUCGCCACGGGAUUCGGAUCCUACCUGGCCUUGCCCAUUAUGCGGGAAAAAUGGCGCCCCGAUCUUUCCGAAGGAGAAGCACGAGCUCUGCUCGAAGACUGCAUGAAGGUACUCUUUUAUCGCGACUGUCGGGCAUCCUGCAAGAUACAACUCGCCAAGUAUGCCACCGAGUCUAAAGAGGCCAUUGUCAGUGAACCCUAUCAGUUGGAAACCUCCUGGGAUGCCCCGUCUUUUGUGCAGCCCGUCGCCGAUCUAGAAGGGGAUGGGGGUUGGUGAAAAUAAGGGUAACUGUAAACAAGUACCUAGGAAUACAACGACACCCUA